CCCCCCUGCUCCGGCCUGCCCGCCCUCCGCCUCGAUCCCAAGGUGUCCCGCAGCGUCCUGCCGCUCUCCGCCGUCUUCAUCGGCAUGGUCACCUCCAACAACCUUUGCCUUAAGCACGUCGGCGUGGCCUUCUACAAUGUGGGGCGCUCCCUCACCACUGUCUUCAACGUGCUGCUCUCCUACCUGCUCCUCAAGCAGACCACCUCCCUCUACGCCCUCCUGGCUUGUGGAGUCAUCAUAGGUGGCUUCUGGCUGGGUGUUGACCAGGAAGGAGCAGAGGGCACUCUGUCAUGGACAGGUAUAUUCUUUGGGAUCUUAGCAAGCCUGUGUGUCUCUCUCAACGCCAUCUACACCAAGAAGGUGCUGCCUGUGGUGGAUGGUAGCAUCUGGCGCCUGACCUUCUACAACAACGUCAAUGCCUGUGUCCUGUUCUUCCCCCUCAUGUUGCUGCUGGGCGAAUUCCGCACCCUCUACCACUUUGACAAGCUGGGGAGCCCCAGUUUUUGGGGCGUGAUGACCCUGGGGGGAGUGUUUGGUUUUGCCAUUGGGUACGUGACUGGACUUCAGAUUAAGUUCACAAGCCCACUCACCCACAACGUGUCUGGGACAGCCAAGGCCUGUGCCCAAACCGUGCUGGCUGUUAUCUACUUUGAGGAGACAAAGAGCUUACUGUGGUGGACGAGUAACUUGAUGGUCCUGGGGGGCUCCUUCGCCUACACGUGGGUGAAGGGGUUGGAGAUGAGAAAGGUGCAAGAGGAUCCUAAUGUCAAAAGCAGUGAAAGAAAUGAGACUGGUGUGUAAACAACUCCUGCACCUCCAUUUCUGCACUUGGGGUGGAGUUUAACUUUCAGUGCUCCUUUCUUCCUCAAGAGAAGAGGAGCAACAGGCAGGAAGAAAUUCACCUGCUAAGUGUACAGAGAACUCUGUCAGGAACCACAGCCAAAGACCUGACUGGAUCAUGUUUUAUCCACGGGAUCUCUGCCUGUGUUGGAUUUGGGGAUAGCAUGUGU